CCUUGUCUCUCACACUCAACGACUCCGAUCCGUGAUCAUCUUUUAGAAAUUUGGACCCCACACGCUGACAGCACAAAGUUCGUCUCGUGUAUGCCGCACAGCCGGGCAUUGUGUACUGGUCGACCGAUCAUUCGAGCAGCCUUUUCGCCUUUGACAACCCGAACACGUUCCAUCGUCACUAUGGCCACAGCCCAGGACAGAUCCGACAAGGUCUCGAGAACCAUUAUCGCCCCGUACGGUCUGUGGGAAUCGCCAGUGACGAGUGACCUUCUGACUCAAGCCAACAUCUCCUUCGGUGAUGUGGUGGUCUUGCCACGUGCAAAGGCAGAGAGCAAGGGCAAAGUAGCAUACGUUGAGAACAGACCUUACGAAUCGGGCAGAAGCGCGGUUAUUUACCGAUCGUUCGAUCUGCCUCUCAAGACUCCAGGCGACGGUGAGCAGGAAGGUGAGGAAGGAGAAGACCUGACACAGGGGAAGUACAGUGCCCAAUGCGGCAUACAUGAGUAUGGAGGAGGAGCGGCUGGUCUGGGCCCCAGUUCCACUACGCAAGGGAAAGCUGCAGCGCCGAUCAUUUUCACGCAAGCCAAAAGCAAUGGUGUCUUCCUGGUAGCACCAGGCGAAGAACCUCGACAGAUCCGCGAGGACAGUCCGACCUCACUGCUUGGUGACUUUCACGCCCAUCCCACGCUUCCAUUGAUGCUUUGCGUGCACGAGGACCAUACAGUGGAUACGCCAGAAGGAGUCAAAAACUCCAUCGGCUGCUUGGACACACGUACAGGGAAGCUUCAUGCCCUAGUCGAGGGUCCCGACUUUAGCACGGCUCCAAGGUUCAGUCCCUGUGGCAGAUUUGUGGUCUGGGUGUCAUGGGACCAGCCAAGCAUGCCGUUCUGGGGCACUCAGCUUUGGGCAGCCAGAUUCAAGUACGAGGAAGGCAAACCGCCCAUUGUUACGGAAGCUUUCCUCGUUGCAGGAUCGAAAGAGCAGGUCGCUCAUAUGCCAACGUGGGGUAGGACCACAGAGGAUGGAGACGCGGCCUUGUUCUUUACCGAUGACGAGACUGGAUUCGCCAAUAUCUAUGAAGUGAGGCUGAGGCCUGUUGGAGACGAAGGCUUGCGGUUGUCAGACAAGCUGGCUAUACUCAAGACGCCAGAGAAGAGCGACUUUCAACAGCCUGCUUGGCAGCUCAACGGUUCACCUUUUGCGACCCUGAAUGCUAGCUGGAUAGCGUGCACUGUCAUUACCAGGGCUAUACAUUCUCUUGCUCUGGUACACCUCCCAACGCGUACUCUGCGUCGACUCGACACGCCUUUUCGCACAAUCUCACAGUUGCGAGCAGUAGACGAGCAGACCAUCGUGUUCGUAGGAACACGCUUCGACGAGCCUGCAGCUUUGGUAGCCAUGGAUCUCAGUCUAGCGCUCGAUGCGUCUCAGAAAGGGGAAGUGAGGCCGGGAUGGAUUGUCCUGAAACGAAGCAGCGAUGUCAUCACGAACGGCACUGUGCCCAGAGCGUAUCUUAGCGAAGCUGUUCCAGUGGAAUUUCCCACCGUUCUGCCGAACGGCGACAAGAGCACAGCGCAUGCGAUUGUCUUUCCUCCAAAGAAUGCGCAAUACGUGGCGCCUAGGGGCUCCGCUGCUCCCGCCAUCAUCCUCGCUCAUGGUGGGCCCACAAGCGCGGCGGACGCUGGCUUAAGCCUUCUGGUUCAGUUCUGGACGACACGAGGCUUUCUAGUAUGCACUGUCAAUUACGGUGGCAGCACAGGAUAUGGAAGAGAGUAUAUGGAGCGGCUGAUGGGCAAUUGGGGUGUGGUAGAUGUGCGAGACUGUGCUUCUUGCGCCGAAUGGCUUGCGAAAGGAGCCGUCUCCGCGUCUGGACAUCGAGCUCAGCCAGGCCAGUCAAGACGUGAUAGAGCAGCCAGCACGAAAGGUCAAGCUCAGCUGGCUUUCUUGUCCGAGCGCACGCAAGCGAGCGGAGCAAAAGAGGUCAUCUUCCGCAAUCCGGACGCUGGUUGGAAGUUCGGAGCGCUCGACGUGUUGUGCCUGACCGCGACGUCUGCACUUUCAGCGCUGCCAUUUCUGUCCAACUCCGGUCUAAGUCCUGCUUUGGCUGCUCUUGCAUUUUGGGUGUACUGGCUGUUCAAGCACAUUGUAGAAGUGCAGCAAGAGACUGUUACAAGCAUUCCGGGCGUAGGUCUUCAGCUGACUACCAUCAAGGGCUUCUCCAUUCCGUGGGUUCACCACCGGAGAGCGAAAGUGGAGGGUUCACCAAAACCAGAGACCUUGCCGGGUAGCCAAGUGCCCACUACGGCCGCAGCACACUUCCAAGCCGUGACAUUGCGGACUCGUUUGAUACCACGCGAUUCUAUCCUGGAUGUCGUGACCAUCGAAGCUUUCAGGAGAUGGGAAGUUAUCGACUAUCUCGCCAUCAUGACGAAAGCAGCCGAAGGAAGCGAUGGCGCUGGAAGAGGAGGUCAAUUGGAGGUCAUAUUCCCUAGUCUCUUGCCAAAGCUGCCAGUCGUAGAGGCGGUCUACGAAAAGCUUUUCGAUCGACCAGCUCCCGCAGAAGCAAACGGAUGGGAUCCGGCCAGUCAGCAGCAGGGCGGUCCGAUUCACUCGAGAUACGCUACCAACGAUGAAGCUGUCUUCCCACCUGUCGAUCCAAGCAGGAUUGCUAUAGCUGGGCAAAGCUCUGGAGGCUACACCGUAUUGGCAGCUCUCUGUGACUAUCCCGAUGCAUUCUCAGCUGGUCGAUCCUCUUUUGGCAUAUCUGAAUUGAAGCAGCUGGCGGAAUUGUCGCACAAGUUUGAGCUCAGGUAUCCUACUGGCUUGUUGGGAGGGACUCCGGCAGAGGUUCCAGAAGUGUAUCGAUCGCGAAGCCCUCUUUACAAAGCGGAUCGUAUCAAGGCACCCGUGAGGCUAUUUCAGGGCAGCUUGGACAAAGUCGUGCCCAAAGAGCAGAGCGAGGCUAUCCGGGAUGCAAUCCUGAAGAAUGGAGGCCGGGUCGAGUACACGCUGUUCGAAGGCGAAGGUCAUGGUUUCCGCCGAGCUGAAAACCAGAAGGCAGCUCUGGAAGGGGAGCUUGAUUUCUACGUGGAUGUGUUCAAGCUCAAAGAUGACGUGGUGACGAAGGUCGGAUGAGCAGACGGCUCACGACUGUCACCACACAUUGCGCGAUCAUCUUCAAGUGCUCGCUCGCGUCAGGCUUGACUUCUCUUGAGGCGUGAAACCAACCAACAGUGGCAGCAGCUCCCUUGGACCACACGUACGAAUGGUGUGAGACACCUCAUCCAUGUUGUUGAUGUGAUGCGCGCUCGAGGAGCACCGUGGCGAUGAUGAGACCUGCAUCGUGCGAGAUGGAGAGAUGCCACUCAAGCGCAGAGUGAUCAAUGCUGAACAGUGGGAACUUCGUUGCUUGAUCGCGGCCAAGAUGGCUCAAAGAGAUGGUCGGCCUUCCGCUCCCUGUUUCAGGCUGGCUAACGCUGAAGUGCUUCCAGCGCAACGAGGCCACCGCUAC